GGCGGAGCCGGAUGCGGGCGUCGCCGCGGCUGCAGCGGCCCUGGGGAUGGGCGGAGCCCCAGCCGCCAGUGCUGGUGGCCGCCGCCGCUGCCGAUCCCGAGCGGCCGCCUCCGCUCCCUCGCGUCGCUGCUUCCUAGGGCGGCGGUAUGCUGGGGAAAGGGGUAGUCGGCGGUGGCGGCGGCACCAAGGCGCCCAAGCCCUCUUUCGUGUCGUACGUGCGCCCUGAGGAAAUUCACACAAACGAGAAGGAAGUAACAGAGAAGGAAGUAACUCUUCACUUGUUGCCAGGUGAACAGCUGCUCUGUGAAGCCAGCACGGUGCUGAAGUAUGUCCAGGAAGAUUCCUGUCAGCGUGGGAUCUAUGGGAAGCUUGUCUGCACAGACUUUAAGAUCGCUUUCUUGGGUGAUGACGAAUCUGCGUUGGAUAACGAUGAAACCCAAUUUAAGAAUAAGGUUAUAGGGGAAAAUGACAUCACACUCCACUGCGUUGAUCAGAUUUAUGGAGUAUUUGAUGAGAAAAAGAAGCCUCUCUUUGGACAACUGAAGAAAUAUCCUGAGAAACUCAUCAUCCACUGUAAAGACCUACGUGUGUUCCACUUUGGUCUGAGGUACACAAAAGAAGAGGAAGUCAAAAGGAUUGUCAGUGGCAUAAUUCAUCAUACCCAGGCUCCUAAACUGCUUAAAAGAUUAUUUCUGUUUUCCUAUGCAGCUGCUACACAAAACAGAACAGCCACCGAUCCCAAGAACCAUACUGUAAUGUUUGACACACUUAAGGACUGGUGUUGGGAGUUGGAGAGGACCAAAGGCAACGUCAAGUACAAAGCAGUGAGUGUCAAUGAAGGCUAUGAUGUCAGUGAAAGAUUGCCAGCAUACUUUGUUGUCCCCACCCCUCUUCCCGAGGAGGACGUGCGAUGCUUUCAGGGCCGUGGCAUACCAAUAUGGUGCUGGUCCUGCCACAAUGGAUGUGCCAUUUUGAAAAUGUCAGCACUGCCCAAAGAACUGGAUGAUGGCCUUUUACAGAACCAGAAGAGCUUCUUGGAUGGAAUUUACAGGACCAUCCACAGGCCACCCUAUGAAACUGUUAAAACCGAAGACCUGUCGAGCAACUUCCUGUCCCUGCAGGACAUCCAGACUGCAUACUCUAAAUUUAAACAGCUCUUUCUGAUAGAUAAUAGUACCGAAUUUUGGGACACCGAUAUAAAAUGGUUUUCUCUGUUGGAAAGCAGCAGCUGGCUUGACAUAACCAGACGUUGCCUGAAAAAAGCAAUAGAGAUUACAGAAUGUCUAGAAGCACAAAACAUGAACGUUCUUCUUUUAGAGGAGAACGCCUCCGACCUCUGCUGCCUCCUCUCCUCCCUGGUACAAGUGAUGAUGGACCCCCACUGCCGAACCAGGGCUGGUUUCCAGAGCCUCGUCCAGAAGGAGUGGAUCAUGGGCGGGCACUGUUUCCUGGAUCGCUGCAACCACCUCCGUCAGAGUGACAAAGAGGAGGUUCCCGUGUUCCAGCUUUUCUUGGAUUGCGUCUGGCAGCUGGUGCACCAGCAUCCCCCAGCCUUCGAUUUCACGGAGACGUACCUGACUGUUCUGUCAGAUAGUCUGUACAUACCUAUUUUUAGCACCUUCUUCUUCAAUUCGCCUCAUCAAAAAGAAACGAAUAUGGGUAGGGAAAGCCAGGAGACACAAAGCAAGCCUUUGAAUCUGCUCACCGUGUGGGACUGGUCUGUACAGUUUGAACCCAAGGCCCAGAUGUUGCUCAAAAACCCUCUUUAUGUGGAAAAGCCAAAAGUGGACAAAGGCCAGCGGAAAGGAACGCGUUUGAAACAUCAACGACAACUUUCUUUACCACUCACCCAAUCUAAAUCAUCUCCCAAAAGAGGAUUUUUCAGGGAAGAAACAGAUCAUUUAAUUAAAAACCUCCUGGGCAAGAGGAUUAGCAAAUUAAUUAAUUCUUCUGAUGAGCUUCAGGACAACUUUCGAGAGUUCUAUGAAAGCUGGCACAGCAAGCCCACGGACUACCACGGUCUGUUGCUGCCUCACAUCGAGGGGCCAGAAAUCAAAGUCUGGGCCCAGCGCUACUUGCGCUGGAUUCCAGAAGCCCAGAUCCUGGGUGGUGGCAGAGUGGCCACCAUGAGCAAACUCUUGGAAAUGAUGGAGGAAGUAGAGCACUUACAAGAGAAAAUUGACGAGAGACAUCACAGCCAGGAGGCCCUCCCGGCGGAGACACCCCCGUUGCUGAGGAGCUCUGCCCGCUUGUCCUCCUUGUUUCCUUUCGCUCUGCUGCAGCGACACUCCUCGAAGCCAGUCUUGCCCACUAGUGGCUGGAAAGCUUUGGGUGACGAAGACGAUCUGGCCAAACGAGAAGAUGAGUUUGUGGAUCUGGGGGAUGUGUGACCCGUCUGCUCAGUGAUUAUGAAGGAGGAGCGGUGAGGGCUGGGACAGGAGGCAAAGACGAUUGCUGUCGGAUUAGUGGAUCACGCUGAAGCUUACUGCUGCGGGGGGCGGGGAGGCUCUAGUCCAGGGCUCUGCAGCAGGAAUCCUGGACCUUCAGGAAAAGAGCUGGUUCUCGUGUUUUUUUUCAUGCUCCUGAAAGACUAUGCAAUUAAAACUGUAUCUGUAGUAUUAUUAAUUGAAAGCAAUUACUACUUGACCCAUAAUAGAACCGUGGCCAUUGUCUGAUGCGUAAGUAUUAUAUAGAACCUGCAGUGGCGGGUCUACUACUAGAAAGGGCUUUGGUCAGACAUUCUUGGACUCAAUACUCACUUCAGAUCCUUCCUGUGCCAGGAUAAUUUAUCUAGUCCUUGGGAACAGUGUGUGUCUCUCUACCCAUCUUAGUUCAGAGCAAGUUCAGCUUUAUCCGAUGUUUGUAUGGCAGAUUGAAAGAUUCCCAUAGAGGCAUUAAGAUGUAUGGCAUUCGUUUAAACCAUAGCAUUUUUCCUUUCUAUAUCCUCUCGCCUGAUAAAAGCUGGGGAAAUUCCACCCAUGUCACCCAUACUGACAUUUCCAGCCAUCCCCCCUCCUGCAUGGGCUGUGUCACUUUGUGUGGGGCUGGUGGCAACCGACCAGCCUCACUGCCCUUCCUGUGUGCUGACAGCUCCAGGUUUCUCUCUGUCCACUCUGACCCCCUCGCUGCCGUCCACCCCCUCCGCCGUGGUGCACGGAGUCCCAGGAUCUUGCUGCUAAAUCUGUUGGUUAAACUGAGGGGAUCCCUUUGGUUUGCCCAAAGGAGCUCCCAUUCUUCUGGAGCCUCUUCAGUGUUUGAAAGUGUUUUGCCUUUUUCUAGCUGUGUGCCGAGGCUUGGGACCAUUUGUGACCACGAUCCUCUGCCGCAGCCUUCUCAUGGUCUCCCCGAGGUCUCUAAAACCGCGCAGAUGUGAGCAGGAUCCCUUCUUCACGUGGCUUCCAUGGGGAGGCCGUGAAGCCUGAAUAGCAGAAGUGAUGGUUCUCCUACAGUACCUCAACGAUUUCAAAGCCAUAGAAGAAACUUGAUUAUGCCUGGUCACCUUGGAUCUGCUGUCUAAAUGGUAUAUAUAUUUUUAAAUGCAGAAAAGUACAUUCUUAAGGACCAGUUUUUUCUUUCUCAGUGGAACCCUGUUAAAUCCCACAACAGGAAGGAGGGAAAACUAAUGUUAGAAUGUUGCAAAUUGAAUGUUUGCCUUUUAUAUACAUUUCCUCUCCGGUAUGGAUCUCGCAAUUUGAAUGUUACAUGUUUAGAAAAAGUUCAGUUGCUUGAGGGCAAUAAGAAAUUUUGAAACUGUUGACAAAGAAGUUUCUCAGUUUGCACUGAAUAGUCUUUUUGUACGUAUAAGAAAUUGCUUUGCCGUUCUCCCCAUUCCACGUUGACACAUGAGCCAGGUUGGUCUGUUAGAAUGACAGAGGCUGAGAGGGCAGGAUUCAUGCAUUGGGGGCCAAACGCAUGUCCGGUCUUGGUUGCCUUAAGAGUCUCCCUAGUGAGUUCAGUGUUAGGCUUGCAAUAGGGAUUUUAAAAAUACACUAGUUCAUUAGCUACCUUAACAUACAUUCUGUGGGCCUUCUUAAACUAGCACUAACCUCCACUUCUCUGCCCCACUGCCUCCCAGAUACACUAUGGAGCUAACUAUUUUUGUUACCAUAUUAUAACGUGAAUAUUUAUACAGUAGCCUCUUCAAUCUUAGAAUCUUAGUAAUUUUCAUUCCAAAAAUGCCCGGUGUGAUGCUUUACACUCCACAAAGUAUGGUUGAAAGGCACAAGGUCAUGGCCCUUGUCAUAGCAGUUGAAUGUGCAUUGAAAUAUUUUUCUAUGAUUUUUAAAAAUAAUUACAAUAGAAGAAUAAGCUAUUGUAACAUGUGAGGUCAUGACAAUUUAUGUAUUUAUAUUUGAAAUCAGAUUUCUAUAAACUUGUAUUUGUGUACAGAAUUCUCAGUCGGUUUAUAUAUUGUGACAUUUUUAUUCAAGAUUGAGAUACGGAUCAUGCUUAACAGUACAAGAUGAAAUGAGACCAUUUACUUUGUUUAAAAUGCUGCACUGUGCAAGUUUGGAAAUGUACAUUGAUUUACUGUAUAUAAUAUCUUGAGUUUGUUUAUACCUCCAAGUUUUUACACUGAAGAUAAAUUAGCUUUAAAAACAUUCAAAACUUUUUUUUUUUUUAAAGGGAAUAAGCUGUUGGGCUAUUAUCUGUAUAAAUGUGCUUUCUAUUUUCCCAGCGUACAAUGAAAGUUUAUACUUGUAUCUCACUGCAUCAUAUCUGAUUGCAGAAAUUAAAGCACAAUUUACAAGCA